AAAAAAAAUGUAUAAUAAAAAUGGAUAAAUCGUUAGAUAAAGGUCCAACCGCGGCGGAUUUCGAGGAACUGACCAUUCUUCUGCAGAACAGAGCUUUCGUGGAUUAUCUCAAUAUUUUCCUUUGUCUGCCUGUUUUUGGUCAGCACGUUCUCUAUAACUUCUUAGAACUGGAAUUUGAGUUCGAGCCUCCGAUUCAAAACAGACGACAUCUUUACAUGGACAAAAGGGAAGUUUUGAGAUGGCUGUGUACAGAAAGAAUGCCAAAAUUCAAGAAAUCUGGAUUAUACACGGAAUAUUGCUUAUGCGUGCUCCUACUAGACUCAAAGUUCGAGCUUGCUGGUGUGAACCUUGAAAACACAGGCACCUUUGCAAAAAAUGUCAUUGGAACAGCCACAGGAAUGAUGCUGUUCCGUGAAUCCAUGAGAGGCACCUGUGGGGAAAACGUUUAUAGGUGUUGGAAGGAUUUAGAAGAGUGGAAACGUACAGAAGAUCCAGUGCAGAAAAUGUACCGGGAAUAUGCUAUAAAAAACCAUUACAUCAAUGAAAGCAGUACAACAAGGGUAGCUGGGAACAUAAAAGUAAAAGCUUUAUAUGGUAUAUUAAAAUUUGACCUAGUUCCUGAGAAUGAAAUUCAACAGAAGAUAAUGGAGUCUGUGACAGACACCACGUUCCACGCUAUGAUUGAAUUAGACACGGCUUUGUUGAAGUUGCAGACGAUACUGCUAAACGCACUCAAGUUUUACUGGCUACCGAGACAUCUUUUGCAUACUUUAAAAGUGGUGAACAAAGAAGGUCUUGAUAUUUUAAAGAGGCCUGCACCGGUUGACAAAGAAUCACUGGAACAUGCACGACGACUUCGUUGUCGGUACAAAUUCCCAACGAUUUAUCAAAAUUCAAGGAUAAGUUCACCGGCUUCGACGGUAUUAGUGUCAAGGUCAGCAGGCGAUUUUUCAUCGCUUUCCGAUGAGGACGUUGAACGAAUGGCCGAAACAAAAAUUGACCCAGCUGAUCUUUUGUCGCUGUGGGGAGGUCCUGUUAAAUUUCCUCCUUUACGGACACCCUCUCCAUUUCGACCGGAUAUUAUUUGUUCCGAGAACGGAAGUGGCGACCAGAAGCAGCUUCCGACUGCUGUAAUAAACAGGGAUGCAUUUAAAAGUCCUCCAAAUGUCCUUUUGUCUUCGUACCUUGGUGGAAAAGCACGGACGGAGAUUGGCAAUUUACCGGAGACUGGCAAUUGGAUGGUCUGGUGUCUUGGGUCUGAUACGCUCGCAUGCUGCCCGUUCCGAACAUUUCUGGAACGAAACAACCAGCAUCAACAUCUGCAAUACUUGGGAUUCUGGACAGAUAUCAGAAAAUAUCUGGACACAGAUGAUCAUGUUACUAACGGAUAUGGUCAACCAAUGAGACAAAUGCUUGUUAACCGGAUAAUUGGCAAGUAUUUAUCUGGCGACGAAGGAAAGCGGGCCGUUUUUACCAAAAAGUUGAACAAUUCACUGCUUCACGCUUUACGUUCAUCUAAUAAUGUAUCUACCCUCUGUGAAGCCCAGGAAAAAGUACAAGACUACUUAUGGGAGCCACUGCAAAUGUUCUUGCAAGAAGAAAGACAUCAGUUUCUGAAACAAAUACAUGGUCACAGCAACAGGCUACCUCAAGAAACAAACCAAAUGGCAGGCACAGCAAUGCUAAGGUCGGCCAGAAAUGUGAUGAAUGCUGAUUCUAUGCUUUCAUUUAACUGGGGGACGAAAUAUGUGGAAACUGAGCCUUUAUCAUCGUUAUCGCCAUUUUCUCCCACAAGUUCCAUAAAUCCUUCAACAUUAACACCGCCACGUCCGUCAACAACAGAUCACGUGAGCAUCACUGAAGAACAAAAACAGAAAGCAAUGGAAAUGGCUAUAUUAUGCUGCGAAUAUGGCGUGUCUAUGAUGGUACCAGAGAAAAUACCCAGUCUAUCAAGACUAGUGGCUGUUCUACACAGUGACUAUGGCAGUCUGCAUUUGACUAGAGAAGCAACUGUUCGACAUGAUGGGCUAAGAAGCCUCCAAAACAAGGAAAAGAUUAACAUUAAAACAAUAAAAGUGUCAAGAAAGGUUCUAGAUGACACAAUCGACAUUUCUAAAUUACAAAAUGGAAAUCUGAUGCGAAGACGGGCUGGAGUCCGUUUAGAGAGGCCAAAAAAACCAAAGUCACUGAUGGAGGUUUUCUCAAUACCAGCUCAAUUUGACUUCUUCAAGAGAUUUAUGCUGCUGCAGAAAAUGAGUUUACCAGUUGUGUUUUGGAGAGCAGUUGAAGACCUUCAGGAAGUUAGCGACAGAAAAACUACGCAAAUCAAAGUUACAAAAAUUAUGCGCAAGUUCUUUGGGAAAAACGCCAAAUAUGGUGCUGGGCUAGACUGCGAUGAAGAAAUUAUUCGUCAAAUUCCAAACAUGGAGAAGGAGAAAGUUUCCCCAGGAAUUUUGAUUUGUGCACAAGCUGCUGUAUUCAGGUCCCUUGAAAUAAAAUGGUUUCCCAUCUAUUGUGCAUCUUUUCCACCUGAAUCCGAAUGUUCCUCUCAGUCAAGCCCGAAAGGAAUCCAAGAAAUGUUAAAAAAUUUCGAGGAAGCUGCUACCACGGCAAAAAAAGUGAAGAAGCAAAUGGACGAAAAAACGAAGACGAUAAAGCUAUGGAAGAGAUAUUCUAGAAACUUGGUAGAGUUUAAGAAGGCCAUGACUGACAAAACCAUGUCACAGUUGUUUGGCAUGUUUCUGAAAUAUGAAGUUGAAAAGGAAAAACUGAGCUCAAAUCAAGAACUUGCAGCUCAACUUGCACCACCAGAGAAGAACACCAUGAUGCCAACUGGAUCUAGUAAUUUCCAAACUCGUGUUGUUAUUCGAGAAAGACCGGUUAUUAUGAAUCGACUGCCCUCCGAUCUCAAAUUCUGGAUUGAAAUAAUGAAAUACCAGAAUCUAGUUGACAGCAUGCUAAAAAAAGUCAAUUUGUCAAUCAUGGAAAGUGAGUUUUUGAUAGACAAGGCAAGGUCCAUAGUGUCAUGUUUCCUCGCGUCAGAAAUAUUACCUAGAGUUCAGGUGAACGUACCAAAUGAAAUGGCGUUGGAUAUCGUCAGCAGUUUAGCAAGUGAUGGCCCAAGACGAGGACUGUUCCAUGAUGCGGUCGUCCAUCUUUUUCCAAUUAUAUACCAUUUUUAUCGCAGAUUUUCAAACGAGUGGAUGAAGGGAGGUAUUCCAGAUGAAUUCUUCGACAAUAUUGAGCAUGUUAUUUGGGGAAAUGUUGGCACUACACCUCAUAAAAGGUUGAAUGUUUGUGACUUCCGUAACUUAACACCGAGUCAGAUCAAUAAAUUGUAUCACCAAUCGGCAGACGACUUCUCAUUAAAAAUCCAAUUUUCCCUCUCCACUGGCGUGGUAAUGACGUACCCGCAAGAAAAGAAGUCAUCAACAGAUGAAAGAAAGAAAAAAAGUACUCACGAACUAAAAACGAACUUUUCGAUGGUUAAAGCCAACAAAGGUGGACGGGGUGAUAGAAAAGAUAAUAAACAGCCUGUUGAAGAAGGAGAUAAAGACGAUACUAAGAACGAAAGCGAUAAAAUCAAGUCAACAGGCAAUGUAAAAGACAAACAUAAGGCUGAGAAAAUAGUGGUUAAAGAUGCCAAGCAAGUUUCAGGCGAUAGCUGUAAUGCAGAGAAUGCGCCCCUUGAUAAAGCUAGAAAAUUGAGCCUUUUUAUCGAGUCAUUGAACAGAGGGAAAGAAUCUAAGAUAAAGAAACAGAACAACAUGUUUAGUCAUGUGAUGCCAUUCAGACAAGUCACGGCUGUUGUAGCUCAAUCUUCGGAUAUCGGAUCUGAACACGCCUCCUCUAAUUAAAUGUCAAAAAUUGAUGAAUAAAAAUGAAAAAGAAAUCUGAUUUCAUUGGUUGUUUUCCCAAAGAAACAGAUACAUGUAUCUACAAAUAAUGAUACAUAUAAGACAAAUUGUUACAAAAAAUAUCCCAUGAAUACACACUGAUAAGCUCAUCAUA